GCACCUUCUCCCCAUUACACUGUUGCCGUGGAACCACCUUUACAAUUAACGAAAGCGGAACCACCGCCUGUACCCUAUCCCCCGCCGUCCGCGUAUUCUCCUGCGACGCGAACGCGACCUCCGCCCGUUGCCCACUCGCGCACACCUGAACCUCGGCCUCCACCGAGGGCGCAUGGCGAUCUUUCUAACGCGUCUUCUCCCUGUCAGACGCAACCUUUAGAUCUCGGUGUUGCGAGGGAGGAUCCGGAGCGUUUAUCACCAAGAAGGCGAUGUACAUUUGAACCGGCUGAAGCAGCAGAUGUUAAGCGCAGGCGAUUAGAUAGCCCCGCGCCUGAACCUCUAAUUGCUGCAGCCGCAAGUGUUGGUCGAACGCCCCUCGGUUCUGAACCAGCUCCACAAGCGCCAGGUCCACCCUGCGAUGUUCGUGUUCCUUCAGCGGACGGUAGUAUUGAAACCCCAGAAAGGGCUGCAGGUGCAUCACCUGCGCCUCAAAUUACUCCGGCUGCCAGUCCUGCACCUGGAACACCAGUACCCCCCGUUGCUUCGACGCCGCCGAUCAUAUCAGCACCUUUGAUGACAUCUGCACCACCGACGACGUCAUCGCCACCUGCUCCACCAGUCACUCCACCAGUUACAACAGUAGCCGAAAGCGAUACCCCUUCAAAAGUUGCUUCUCCAAGCCCAAGAGAUGGUUCAGCACCAGUGCGGCAUUUAGGUAAAAAGGCAUGGUUACAAAGACACGAAACGGCGCCUGUUAUUGAAGGCGAUUGUUCGGGAGGAGGAGGAACGUGUAUCACCUUGCCGAUGACAAUAACUCGAGUGUCAGAACCGGACGAUUCGAGUUCUAACAUAGUUGUUCCAGUAGCUGCGAAAUCUAUUCAGCGUGGUGCACGUAAAACGUCGAAACCGAGAAAGCCAAAGGAAGUAAACGGUCGCAUCGAUGAUGCGGAGGAAGAUAGUUCAAGUUCUGAUAGGGAAUCGACAUCACCACCGAAGCGAAAACCUCCUAAGGCGAAACGGAAAAAAGGGACAGUAAAGAAAGUAAGCGACGAUUCGACGAAAAAGAAAAAGGCAUCAGAAAGUGGAAGUGAGAGUGAUAAAGAGAGUGACGAUAAAGACUCUGAUUCGGGUGGGAGUGGAAGUGGGAGUGGGAGUACGUCCAGCAAGAGAGGAGGAGGGCGUGCGCGAGGAAGAAGAUCGCGAGGGGGAGGCAGGGGAGGAAGGCGCAGGGAAGAUCCUCCUCGCAGGACUCCUUCUGCGGCUCGAUCAAAAUCCUCUUCAGAAUCUUUCCUCCAGAAUGGCCCUUGUUUCGAGGUCGCGCCGCGGCUUGCCAAGUGUCGCGAAUGUCGCUGGUCACCAGCGCAACGGGAUAAGGACAUGCCAAACAUCUUUUGCAGAUUUUACGCUUUUCGAAGACUGAAAUACGCCAAGAAUAGGCAGUUAGCUAUAGCCGGUUUUUCAGAUCCUUACAAAGACGCAGAAGAGGAGGAUAAAAAAUUGUGGCUAUCAUCGUCAGCAGCAGAAUUAGAUAUCGAGAUGAGUUGUUUCUUGUUGAAAGAAAUUGGAGAUCAGUUCUGUGAACUGUUGCAACAAGAAAAAGAAGCAGAAUCGCAUCAUCUAAAUGAAGACAAGACGAUAGCGUGGAAACGCGUCGUACAGGGUGUGCGUGAAAUAUGCGACGUUUGUGAAACGACGCUCUUCAACUUCCACUGGACCUGCGGCAAAUGCGGCUUCGUCGUAUGCCUUGAUUGUUAUAAGUCACGAACGUCAGGCGAAGCAGGAAGUUCUCCUAACGAAACAAGCAAUUCCACUAACACCGCUACGAGUGGCGAAAGAGAUUCAUUCGGAUGGUUGACGUGCACGAUGGGCGGCGCGCACCCGGCGCGGCGGCUGCUGCUGACGCAGAUCGCGGCGGGCGGCGCGCUGGCGGCGGCGGCGGCGCGCGCGCACCGCGUGCGGGCGGCCUUCGCGCUGCCGCCCUGCGCCUGCGGGGCCGCGCCCGACGCGCCCGCCGCCCUCCGCGCCGCCGCGCGCCGCCUGCUGCGCGCCGCGCUGCAGCAGAAUGUCAAAAAGGAAGACGUCAAAGAAGAAAACGUUUCUAACGGUUCUUCACCGGUGAAAUCAGAAAAUGGAAAAGCGGGUUCGCCUAUUGUAAGCUGGCUCUCUGAUAUACCUGUUAAAACAGAAACGAAGGAAGAAAAGUCUGAUACCAGUUCUUCGGAUUCAGAAGAAGGUGGAAACUUUUCGACUCUUCGAGAACUAUUAAUACGACCCGCCCCAGAUGGUGGUGAGGCCCAACCAAAGAAAAAACAGAAAAAGAAUAAAAGUGACAACUUAGAUGACGUGAUAUCUAGUGUCGUUGAAGAGAAAAAAGGCGAAGAAGGAGAUGGUAAACCUUUCGCGUUGUCAAACGUUGUCAAGAGGUACGAUAGAAGUGGCAGAGGACGCGAAGAAUUGCCGAUCAGAAUUAUGACACUGACAGAGUCCAAGCUGCUAUACCCAGAUGUCCCACAUGCUUGGCUCUGUGAUGGCAAACUGUUGCACCUCACAGAUCCCGUCCACGCUGGCAAUUAUAAACCGUUCCAGGAUCAAUGGAAACGUGGUCAACCAGUUCUAGUCUCAGACGUAUCAAGCUUACUUGUCAAGGAUUUGUGGACUCCAGAAAGCUUUUCUCGCGAUUUCGGCGAUACGCGAGUCGAUCUCGUCAACUGUGCUUCCGGUCUAGUGGUACCUAAUCAACCUGCUAGGAAGUUUUGGGACGGCUUCGAUUUAGCCGCAAAGCGACUGAGGGACGAACGCGGCGCUCCGAUGGUGCUCAAACUGAAAGAUUGGCCCCCGGGCGAGGACUUCGCGGAGCUCAUGCCGGCGCGCUUCGACGAUCUCAUGCGCGUUUUGCCCCUGAGCGAAUACACCUCGCGAAACGGAAAACUCAACCUCGCCGCGCGGCUCCCCGAAUGCUUCGUCCGGCCGGACCUGGGCCCCAAGAUGUACACGGCGUACGGCGGCGCCGGCGGCACCACCAACCUGCACCUGGACGUGAGCGACGCCGUCAACGUGCUGGUGCACGCCAGCGCGCCGGCCGACGCGCCCGAGCGCGCGCGCGAGGCGGCGCGCGCGGCCGACGACGCGGGCGUGGACGUGCUGUCGCGGCGCCGCGCGCGCCUCAAGCCGCCCGCCGCGCUGUGGCACAUCUACGCGGCGCGCGACGCCGACAAGAUCCGCGACUUCCUGGUGCGCGCGGAGCUGGAGCGCGGCGCGCGGCCGCGCGCGCAGCACGACCCCGUGCACGACCAGACGUGGUACCUGGACGCGGCGCUGCGCGAGCGCCUGUACCGCGAGUACGGCGUGGAGGGCUACGCCAUCCUGCAGUGCGCCGGGGACGCCGUGUUCGUGCCGGCCGGCGCGCCGCACCAGGUGCGCAACUUGCUCGACUGCAUCAAGGUCGCCGAAGACUUCGUCUCGCCCGAGAACGUGUCGCGGUGCUUCGAGCUCGCCCAGCAGUUCCGGCGGCUCUCUCGACAGCACGCGAACAAGGAGGACAAGCUCCAGAUAAAGAACAUCGUGUACCACGCGGUGAAGGACUCCCUCUGCUGCCUGGAAGAGGCGCUCGCCGAGACCGAGUGAAGUCGAGUGGGCCUCGCAAUUGAUCUCAACUUCGAACGUAACAUUAAUCGCUAAGUUCCGCAUUUAACGUAAGAUUGGGAGCGAGUGUGAUACGCGCUGUGCGCCGUUUUGUGUAUAAGAUGCCAUUGUUGAGCGUGGAUCGGAUCGUGUACCGGUUUGUGUGUAUAUGUACUUGAAAUGUGAUUUAGUCCGACGGUCGCGAUCGGAACGUGUGCAAUGUAAAUUUAGUCUGAUAAUGGUGAUAUCGUCGAGAUGUGGAUAUGUUUUAUGUUCCUUAAUUGAAAUACAAAUAAACUUUUCAAGUUAUUAUAACAGCUUAAUGUAGUUAUAGUGAUAUGUAUGUAAUGUGUAAAUUUUUAAUUCGAAUUCCAUCGAGUACAUAUUAAGAAGUCUAUACUUUUAAGUUAUUGUAUUGAAAUAAAAAAAAAAAAACGUAUUCGCUCGAAGCAUUGUACAUUAAAAACACAGCGUGUAGAUAAGUUUCUCCUAUAUUAGAUUUCUCAAUUUGAUUGGUAUGUCGUAAAAAAUAUAGUAAACCAAGAUGUGACAAUUUCAUUUUGUCCUUAUUGCUGUAAUAGGCAAAAAAGUUUCUUUUGUACUGUGUAUAUUAUGUAUGGUUAUAAGUUGGAAUAAAAAGAUGUUUAUAUUA